GGCGGGCGGGCCCCAGGGCUGGCUGUGCCGGGCCGCGGGGCGACCCUUCCCCUGCGCGGCCUCGUGGCGCGCCCCUGCCCGGCGCGGGGAUGUGAACGCUGUGCGGCAGGGAGCUGUUGGGGCCUCACAGAACUGAGUUAUAUGAAGGUGUUCCACCAACUUGCUGGCCUAUCGUGUAUUCUCCAGACUACAACAUCACCUUCAUGGGACUGGAGAAACUACAUCCAUUUGAUGCAGGGAAAUGGGGAAAAGUAAUCAACUUCUUGAAAGAAGAAAAACUAAUUGGAGAUGACUUGAUUGUGCAAGCACGGGAGGCUACGGAUGAAGAUCUUUUGGUUGUUCACACAAGGCGCUACCUUAAUAAGUUGAAGUGGUCCUUCGUUGUGGCUACGAUCACAGAAAUUCCACCAGUCCUCUUUCUUCCCAACUUCCUUGUUCAGAGAAAAGUUUUGAAACCUCUGCGAACCCAGACAGGAGGAACAAUAAUGGCAGGAAAACUUGCUGUUGAUAGAGGCUGGGCAAUCAAUGUGGGAGGUGGUUUUCAUCAUUGUUCAAGUGACAAAGGUGGAGGAUUUUGUGCAUAUGCUGAUAUCACACUGGCUAUUAAGUUCCUAUUUGAAAGAGUACCAGGGGUGUCUAAAGCCACAAUUAUUGAUCUGGAUGCUCACCAGGGAAACGGCCAUGAGAGGGACUUCAUGAAUGAUCACAGAGUAUAUAUCAUGGAUGUGUACAAUAGAUUUAUUUAUCCAGGAGAUGGAUUUGCUAAACGUGCCAUAAAACGGAAGGUGGAGUUAGAGUGGGGUACAGAGGACACAGAAUACCUUCAGAAAGUACAUACUCAUGUGGAAGGAGCAUUAAAUGAAUUAAAACCUGACAUUAUAGUUUACAACGCUGGAACUGAUAUUCUGGAUGGCGAUCCGUUGGGAGGACUUGCUAUUUCACCUCAGGGAAUUGUGAAGAGAGAUGAAGUCGUGUUCAAGGCUGCCAGAAGCCGUGGAAUCCCAAUUUUGAUGGUGACAUCUGGAGGCUACCAGAAGAGGACUGCCCGCAUUAUUGCUGAUUCUAUCCUCAACUUGCACAACCUGGGGCUUAUUGACAAGGACCUAGCAACCAGUGGAGCUGAAAAUCCUAAGGUAGAACAGAUGAUUAGGGACUCUGUAACAGACUUAACCAAUUUAUCACUGCAGUGAUGGUUAAUAAGUUUUUUUUCCUUAAAUUUGGCGUUUUAGGAGCAGGAAGUUUCCAAGGUUAAUGUAAGAAAUUCACAAAGGACUGAGCUUGCCUGUAAAAUAACCUAGUAUGGACAGCACACAGUUGCAGAUUAGCUGUGUUUAACUACUGAAGCUGUCUAGAGCGAAGGCAACAAAUCCUUCUGUGCUAAUUUACAUGUACUCAAGAGUACCUUGUUUCAGUUUAUAAUCUUACUGUAGAAAGCUUUAAUUGCUUCCUAUUGUUAUGGAUUGUCCACUGUGUUCAAAGAACUGUGUGGUUGGACUUUCCCAGGCCUGUUUGGUGGUAUGGUUCAGACAGUGGCUGGAGUAAUCUGCACUAAACUUACUGGUAUUAUUCUUAGAUACUGCAUUGUAUUUACUACUUUUUUAAAGGUUGUUAUAGCAGUUCUGUGCAGUCUUCUACUGUCAAUUUAACACUCAAGUGCAAUAAUAUGGAGAACAGUUCAGUUGCUUGGCUUUUAAGCCAUAGCCUAUUAGAAUGAACAUUUGUUAAUGUAUAUUUUAUUCCUGUUUACUACAGUGACGUAGAUUCUGCUUUUAAGUACACUGAAAAUAGAAUAUGAAAUGGCUUUGGCUUUGUAUGCAGAUGGGCAGUAAGGGAUCAGCAAUAAGUGUAAUUUUUGCCUCUUGAAAUGAGGCCUGCAUUUAAAGGCAGUAGUUACUAUGCAUUGUAGUUUGUUUACUCUGACUUACUAGAAAAUUAAACCUAGUUGUAGUGUUCUGAGAACUGUUGCAGAAAAUGUCACGUAGAAAUAUGAAAUACUUUUUAUCACCUACUUGUCAUAUAUAAGCCUUGCAGAGUAAAUUUCAAUUUUUUUCCAGCUAGUACUGUUUUUCACUUGCUUGAAGAUUACUGAUAGUCAUAGCUACAGUCAUAGUUGGUAACCAAAUUGUUUGUAUUUAGAAAUAAAAUACUGUGAAACUUCUACAGUAAGCUAAUGUAAUAACCUUAUAUGGGAGGUUCUAGGAGGUACUAUGAUAGGAGAACAAAAUAGUGCAUUCAGAUGCAAAUUAUUGGUGAUUGACUGUAAUGUUUGUUUUUGUUGGUACAUUAUGUAUUAAAUACUGCUUGUAGCAUUGGAUCUUAAAUGUACUAAAUUCUAUAUUUGGCAAGAGCUUUCUUAACUUCCAGGUAUUCACUGGUCUUCUGUUCAGGUUUGAGCCUUUCUGUGAAGGGACUCUGAUGUUUUCCAUGUAGUAGAAUUGGUGUGUAAGCUAUUUAAGGAAUGUUUCAUUCUGAUUAGAAUACUUACCUCAGUAAUGUCAUUUUUAAAUGUAUGAUGUUUAUUAAUGGUUGGAAUUUGCACAAUUGCUAUAAAUAGCUGCUUUAAACCAGAUUUGGCAUAUUGCACUAAUCUUGAUUUGCAGCACCAUUGUUAAAAGGCACUUUUAAACUUCUUAUUAUAGGUGGUCAGAGUACAACUAAUGUGGAGAUUUAUUUUUUUCUACACUGUCUGUGUUACUGAAAGAUGUUGGUAUUCUUUCAUAUAAUUUUUAUAAAAUUAUAAAUGAAAUUUCUAUGAACUAAAAUGCUGUAAUAGUGCAUAUUCUGUUUGUGUUAACUUGUUUGUUUUACUUUAACUCAGUAAAGAUUAAAAUAAUGUUGAAUAAUG